AAAUGCUGGUCCCUCUUGAUCAUGUCUACAGAUUACAGCAAUCUCAAAUACUAAAGCAGCACUGCAAAAGUGUCCAUCUUCAUUUGAUUAACACUAGAAUUAUCAGUGGACUCACUGUUGAUAAAAUUGCCAAUUAGCAACAAUAGUAAUAUCUUACUAAAAACAAGUCAUAAUUGUAGUGCUCCUCAUAUUUUUAUUUUCUUCUCUAGUUUCAUAACUAGAUCCCUGAGUAAUGCUCCAGAUUUUUUCCAAGAGCUCGAUCCGUUUCCUCGGGUUUCUUAAGAGCCAUAUUAGCUUGUAAAGAGAAGACAAGGCGACUCUUUUCGAAGCAAAAAAUAUAUUAGUUGAAUCACAAGUGGAGUGAAGCAUACAUUGUUUAUUAAAACUAACAAGAUCUAAGCAUGGUUUUGGUGUGACAGAAGCUUAUUUUGAAGUUGGAUAUCUCCCAGAAAAGCCUGUUGAAGAAAAGAAAAAAAAAUAAAGAAAACAGAAAGGUAGCUAGUUUAUAAUUAUAAUUAGUGCUUACACUGCUUAGUGUGUAGUGUGUAGUGUGUACUAGGGUUUAGUUUGAUCUUUGUUUUAUAUUUUUGUUUAAAAUGCAAGUUGGAGGGAAAGUGCCAUGUGGUGAGCUCAGAAGAGUUCACAUGGCUUCCCUUACUUCAAAGUCCUCUCCAUUAAAGCUAUAAAAACUAGGUACCUGAAAAACCAGUUUAUGGGUUUUUCAAGAGAGAAUCACUUCCUAAAAAACACCCAACUCUUUGCUAAGAAAGCCUAGUUUCUUUUCUUAGAUAAAAUUUUUCUUUCAUAACUUUCUGAUUGUAAGUGUGACCUCUGAGAAGUGAAAUUAGGCAAUCAAUCUGUUUGAGGACGCGUUUAGAAGGAGCUCUUUCGCUUUCUUUGCUGAUUUACUACAUUCUUUAGGCAUUACAGUACUUCAGCUGUAUCCAUUACCGGUCAUCAGGUGAAUUUCAGGAGUGUCCCCUUUUACACUGAACCUGUUUGAAUCUUUUAGGAAAGGUUCAUUUUGAUAUUGUUUCUUCUUGGACUAAUCACUUGAAAAAACUUUCAUAUUCCAUCCAUUAUUCAUCAUAUUAUUUAGAUCAAGAACCCCAGUAAACCUAUAGAGUGUUUCAUCAGUAAACAUAUUGCUUAGUUUUUUUUUUUAUAUCUAAGAAGCAAGAAUGGCAGGUUAUCCAUGCUUAGUUAGAAAUCCAUAUUCUUGGCUUUGUGCCCUUGGCUUCUUACUUGCACUUUCUCAUUCUCUAGAAUUUGGGUUUCUAUCUAUCUUCCUCACAUCAUCAGCUAUUGUUUUAUAUCCUGUAAUUCUGUGUCGCUCAAAGCAAAUACCAACGCCGAGAGAACAAGAAUCUAGUCUUCAAGACAACAAUAAGUUAAGCGAAUCUUUGGAAGAAGAAGAGGGCAGUCCAAUGUAUGCAGCCUUACCUGUGCCUACCCCGAGUGUGAGAGAGCACAAAACAAUAGAAGAACAAGUUGCUGCAGUGGAUGAAGAAAAUGUAUCAAAGCUCCAAAAUCUGCAGAAAGUUGAAGGUAAAACAGGAGGUGAAUACUUGGUAAGGUCAUCAGAAGAACUACUGUCUGACAGUGAAAGUGGUCUUGAUCACACGACUUCGAGUGAAGAUUCAGAAAAUGACUCAAUAUUCAGAGAAAAUCUGAGUCACAGCACAAAUUACUCUGAUGGGUCAAUCUCAGAUGAAGAGAGCUUGAUCGAAAUCGCUCUACCGACAGGUCAUUAUGUCGAUUCAAAGAGAUCGCCACAGGAGCAGCAGUCGUGGUAUGCAGGGUUACAGCAGAAAUGGCCAGAUUGCUCGUUGGAAUCCCAUUUCAGGCAGAAAAAUUGGAUGGAAAUGUUAAAUGAGAUGAAUGAAGAAAACUUCAUUGAAAUUGAUCUUUGCAUGGGCUCCAUCAAAUGUUCAAGGUUCGAAAUUCAAGCAUGAUCAAAUAACAUAUAUAAAUAUAUAGAGACAAACAUUUUACUCCCAAACUCAGUUGGGAAUUAGUAUUGGGUUCUUUUUGAUCCUUUCAUGGAUUUUCUUUCCCAUUGUUUAAGCUAAGCUUUGUGCUACCUUUGCAUUCACCUCGGAUGCCAUUUCAAGCACCAAGUAUUGUUUAUUUUUGCUAAAUCUUUAUGUGAUUAAAGUAAUUAAUCUCUGACA